UGUGUGUGUUUGUCUGACUGACUUCCUCUUCUCUAAGUUUUGGGUGUGACUUGAACAAACUUGUUCUCCUUUAAUGUUGUGAGUUAACAGUCAGUGUUGCUGUUUUCCCUCUCAGACUGACUUCAGAUCAGAAGAUGAGUGAUCGUGUGGAGGAAGAGGAGGACGGAGCAGAGUCUGUAGUAUCUGGUUGUCUGUCUAUGAAGAGUGACCGGUCCAGAAAAGAACCUCUGAACUUCAGUAAUGAACCUGGAGCCUCAGACACAAAAGUUUCAUACAGACAGAGAGCAGAGUCUGUCAUGUCCGGCUGUCUGUCUAUGAAGAGUGACCGGUCCAGACAUGAACCUCCAGUCUUCAGUAAUGAACCUGGACCCUCAGACACAAAGAAGAGGAAGAGGAGUGAUGAGGAGGAGCAGCUGUCCUGCUGUGCUUUAUGUCAGGACGUCCUGAAGGAUCCCGUCUCUACCAGCUGUGGACACUGGUUCUGCAGACGCUGCAUCAGCUCAUACUGGGACCAGUCUGCUUCACCAGGAGACUCCCCCUGUCCCCAGUGUGGACAAAGAUCCAGAACCAUGCCUUGUGGUCUGCAGGAGGUUUUAGAUGAGCAUAAGAUCAGUCUGAGGAGGAGAUGUGAACGUGUGACUGAAGGAAGUGAUGGAACAGGAAGUGGAACCCUCCUCAACAGGAUCUACACUGAGCUCUACAUCACAGAGGGACAGAGUGAAGAGGUUAAUACCCAACAUGAGGUGAGGCAGCUGGAGACAGCUUCCAAGAAGAAGACCGUCCACGACGCUCCAAUCAAGUGCCAGGACAUCUUUAAAGCCUUACCUGACCAACAGGGACACAUCAGAGUGGUUCUGACCAACGGCGUCGCUGGCGUUGGAAAAACCUUCUCGGUGCAGAAGUUCAGUCUGGACUGGGCAGAGGGUUUGGAGAACCAAGAUGUCAGUGUGGUGAUUCUGCUUUCCUUCAGGGAGCUGAACUUGAUCAGAGGUGAGCAGUACAGUCUUCUGGAGCUGCUCCAUGUUUUCCAUCCAACAUUACAGAAGGUCACAGCAGAGAAGCUCGCCGUCUGUAAACUUCUGUUCAUCUUUGACGGCCUGGAUGAAAGCAGACUUUCUCUGGAUUUCAACAACAAGGAGGUUGUGUCUGAUGUCACACAGAAGUCAUCGGUCAACGUGCUGCUGACAAACCUCAUCGAGGGGAAUCUGCUUCCCUCGGCUCUCGUCUGGAUAACUUCCCGACCCGCGGCGGCCAAUCAGAUCCCUCCUGCGUGUGUCGACAGGGUGACAGAAGUACGAGGCUUCACUGACGCCCAGAAGGAGGAGUACUUCAGGAGGAGGGUCAGUGAUGAAGAGCGCUCCAGCACAAUCAUCUCACACAUCCAGACGUCCAGGAGCCUCCACAUCAUGUGUCUGAUCCCAGUCUUCUGCUGGAUCACUGCUACAGUUCUGGACCACAUGUUGACUACAGAGCAGAGAGGAGAGCUGCCCAAGACCCUGACUGACCUGUACUCACACUUCCUGCUGGUUCAGACAAAGAAGAAAAAGCAGAAGUACGAUGAGGGACAUGAGAUGAGUCCACAGGAGCUGAUGGAGGCUGACAGAGAAGUUCUUCUGAAGCUGGGGAGGCUGGCGUUUGAACAGCUGCAGAAAGGAAACAUCAUGUUCUACCAAGAAGACCUGGAGCGCUGUGGUCUCCAUGUCACAGAGGCCUCGGUGUACUCAGGAGUUUGUACAGAGAUCUUCAAAAGAGAGAGUGUGAUCUUCCAGAAAACAGUCUACUGCUUCGUUCAUCUGAGCGUUCAGGAGUUUCUGGCUGCAGUCUACAUGUUCCACUGUUACACCACCAGGAACACAGAGGUACUGGAGGCUUUUCUGGGGAAAGACUGGGACAUGAAAAACAGUGACCCAUCCCUGGAUGUCUUCCUGAGGAGAGCCAUGGAGAAAUCCCUCGAAAGUAAAAAUGGCCACCUGGACUUGUUUGUUCGCUUCCUUCAUGGCCUCUCUCUGGAGUCCAACCAGAGACUGUUAGGAGGCCUGCUGGGUCACACAGACAACAGUCCAGAAGUCAUCCAGAGAGCCAUCAACAACCUGAAGGAGAUGAAGACUAAGAAGAUCUCUCCUGAUAGAAGCAUCAACAUCUUCCACUGUCUGAUGGAGAUGAACGACCUCUCAGUACAUCAGGAGAUCCAAGAGUUCCUGAAGUCAGAGAACGGAUCAGGGAAGUACAUCUCUGAGAUCCACUGCUCAGCUCUGUCCUACAUGCUGCAGAUGUCAGAGGAGGUUCUGGAUGAGUUGGACCUGAAUAAUUACAACACAACAAGGGAGGGAAAACAGAGACUGGUUCCAGCUGUGAGGAACUGCAGGAAAGCUGAACUUUCUGGCUGUGAACUCUCUGAGACUCACUGUGAAGUCGUGGCCUCAGCUCUGAAGUCCAACCCCUCCCAUCUGAGAGAGCUGUACAUGAGCUCCAACUCUGACCUGAAGGAUUCAGGAGUGAAGCGUCUGUGUGCUGGACUGGAGAGUCCAAACUGCAGACUGGAGACUCUGAGAUUGAGGAGCUGCAGUUUGUCAGAGAUCAGCUGUGCUUCUCUGACUUUAGCACUGAAGUCCAACCCCUCCCAUCUGAGAGAGCUGUGGCUGGAAGGAAACAAGCUGCAGGAUUCAGGAGUGAAGCUGCUGUGUGAUUUUCUGCAGAGUCCAAACUGCAGACUGGAGACUCUGAAAUUGUGGAACUGCAGUUUGACAGGGAUCAGCUGUACUUCUCUGGCUUUAGCUCUGAAGUCCAACCCCUCCCAUCUGAGAGAGCUGUGGCUGUAUGGAAACAACCUGCAGGAGUCAGACGUGAAGCUGCUGUGUGAUCUGAAGGAGAGUCCACACUGCAGACUGGAGACUCUGAGUUGGUAGUGAUCUCCAGUAAAGUCCAGUCCAGCAUGGUCCCUGUGUUCCUCUGAUGUGACAGAGUAUCAUCAGAGGAUGUGGACUGCUCUGCUGCUGCUCUGUCCUUCUCUCUGCAGACACACUGAAUUCAGAUUAUAUGAAUGAAUGAAACAACAGACGGAGGUGGAGGAGUCUCAGAGUUCCUCUGCACAUUAGUUCUCUUCAUGACAACAUGACUGUACAUCAACACAUUUAGAUGCAUAUGUCUGCUUUGUGUUCUGUUACAGCUCCACCCUGUGGAAUAAAGGGGAAUUGUAGUUAAUUUCCACAGAUUUGUAAAUAACCAAAGAAGUUGAUCUUACCUUAUUACUACCAUAUUGGCAGUUUCUCAUAUAAUAACAGAUGAAUAUUUGCUUGUUGUAGAAGAUAAAACCUUUAAGGCUUUAAUAAAGUUUAUCAGCUGAAAACUAACAGAUUAUGUUUAAAGUACUUGUCCUGUCACCAGACAAUUAUUCACAACUCUCGAGUCUUGAAAGAGUUUCUAAACAUAUCUCCUGAUAACAUGGGUAUAAAUAUUUACUAUCAGAAUAUUUUUUUCUUGCUUGAAAUUUCAUUAUCUUUACAAAAUGUGACUCAUUAAAGUUGUUAUCCAUUUUUUUGUCAACUCUGAGAUUUCUUUAAAAGGUAAUUUAAUUAUAUAUAAAAAUAAUUAGUUCUCACUUCCUGUUCCUAAAAAUUGACUGCACUUAUAUAGAGCUUUUAUCCAAAGCGCUUUACACUACAGACUGCGCUCUUUCACCUGCCACCAUUGGGAGUUCAUUCACACACCGAUGAAUGCAGCACCGGGAACCAUUUAAAAAAUGACCCUAUUAUAGUCUGUUGAUACAUAUUAUCAUGUAACUUAUGCAGAAAUGAC